GAACUUGUGAAGAACAACAUUAGCAUCAUUGCAAUUGAAGGUUUUGAAGUGCUUGGCGAUGUCAGUUUUCAGAUGGAAAAACUCAAGGUUAACUCCUAGUCAUCAAUUAUUCAGUUUAGUUAUUUUUUUGCAUUUUCUGGCUCUACCUUGCCACUGCCUCUUAGCUUCUUCUCAAAUCUGGUGUCUUUUUCUGUUUUAAUUAGAGAUUGGAUGCUAGAAUAAUUAUCGGAGAGUUCAGCUUCGUUGGUGCAAGGAACGUUUUCUGUGAAGUAAGUAAUGUAACAAAGUAGAGAAUGUGCUUUAUCCUGAUUUCUAUUUUCAGUGUUCAAUGCUGACCUAACUUAUAACUUGACUCAUGACUCGUUGACUCUAGCCUGCGUUGCCGAGACAGACUUGUCACUAGAGUUCUCUAUCUGGGUCUCGAAUCGGGGAAACAGACUGUCUGCAACGCAGGCUAGUUGACCCAUGUGACUAUUAAAACAAGAUUUCUCACAUUAAUGCCCACGAUUUGUUAUGUUUGGUCCUUCUCAGACCUUUUAACGGUAUGAAACGAAAAAGCAGAGCGCUAUGAUGUUUUAUCUUUUUUUCUGACAAACAAAAACCUUCGUUUAGCUGUGUUACAUAUAACUCUAACUCAUGAAAUUUUGAUAAUACAGGCCUUCAAAAGGAAGAUGUAUGGACCGAAUUAUGCUUGGAUAAUAUUAGGUGAAUUCAGCCCUACAGAAAUUUUCGCUGAUGACCUGACACUUCAAAAAAGUGUUUUAAGUGAUUGUUCAAGUAACGAGCUAAAGGAGGCAGCAAAUGGUUACAUUUCCACCAUCAAGCUGGACAUCCGUAAGGACAAUAACCAAACCAUGUCCGGCUUGGUAAGUUGACUAGUACGUUGAUAGAGGACAUUAACUAUUGCGCAAACGUUUCCCUUGCUUUGCGGCACUGUAGCUUUGUUUGCAGGUACGAACACCAUCAAGUUACAUAAAUGCAGUGUUUCUUUCUUGGCACCGCUUUUCGCUCAAAGGACGGUGAGAUGUUAUUGAGAAGACUGCCUUUUCAAGUUCUAGCUUUCUUUGCAUUCAAAAAAACAGAACUUUCCAAAUAAAACACCAGUUCUGGGACGCCAUUUUUUUUCAUGUUGUUGUCGUUAUCAUUGUCACAUUAACGUUACUUUUUCAUGUUUCUUAAGACGUCUGAAAGAUUCUGGUGGCAGAUGAGGCAACUGAACAAGAACAACAAUCUGAGAAAGGACUCUGCUUACGCCUUCGAUUCAGCAUGGGUAGUAGCCAUGGCACUGGAUUCCGCUUUUGCUAAAGGGAUGAAAUAUGAGAAGCUUUUAAACCGAAAAUUCAAGCAAGUUGUAGCGAUAAGAAGUGGUAUUCAAAACAUAAACUUCGCGGGAUUAACUGUAAGUAUAAUCUACGAUAACACGGCAUAUUUUGAAUUAAGCGUUUUAUCAAUAAGCAUUAUGCUACACUUUCUUUUAAGACACAGAAACAGAAAAAUUGUUUUGGGUGCAGGCAAAAGCUACUUUUAAAUAACAAUAUACCUCAGUUUUUCUUAAAGAUUCCAGUACUUUUAAGAUAAGAUUUAGUAUUUUUUUUGUACAGGGGCCUGUAGGCUUUGAUGAAAACAGAGAAAGAGUUGGAACAGUUCUUAUUAAGCAAAAUAGAGAAGGUAAGCUGCUCUGUAAGGAUAAUAGUUUCUUUUAGAAAAAGUGCUUGGAAGAAGAAUUUCCUCUAAAAAUGACAAGAUGAGUUAUGAAGAAACGCACCAUUUUGCAGUCGUCUCCCAAAAUAACAAGCACAUUAAAAAAUACAUUAACUUACAGGACGUUGAGAGAAGACCUUGUUAUGUGCAUUUAAAAAGAAUUCUAUAAAAUGUUUCUUGAUACAUAUUUUUUUUCGCAUUGUAAUAUUUAUAAUCAUAGUCGUUUCAGUUUAAGUUUCAGUUGAUUGCCAGCUCGUUAUGUGAAUAACAGGUAAGGUUUUUGUUGUCCUUUUUUAGGAAACGAAACUAGGAUUGGUCAACAUUUCACCUCCUCCGACGAACUCCAUCUAUUUGAAUCUGAGCGAAAUAAGAUAUGGGAAGGUAAUAAAUGUUUCCGUUGCACUUCAAUGUCUUAUCAAAAUAUCGAAAUUGCAGUCACUGAUGAUGAUGACGAUAAUGAUGAUGUAAUGACAAUAAUGAUAAUGAUGACGAUGAUAACAUUGACGUUGGUGAUUUAAUAGAUCUAUUCGGCUAACUCAAUGUUGUACCCAAUUCAAAUCUCCCAGGGAUAAGAUUCUUUGUGUAUUAUAUUUGCAUCAUAAAGUGGCAUUCACAUUUAAAUGAUAUGGAAAUUCCUAAAACAAAACGUUUUAUUCCCAAAGGGUUUGAAUUGGGUACAACAUUGAGUUGGCCGAAUAGGUCUAUGAAUAAUCGAUUAACAUGUCGGUAGAUUCUGUCGGAAAUAACCGAAGCUGAUAUAGCGUACACUCCCUCGAGUGCCUUUUUAUUAUUGAAGCGCCGUCCACUUGCCACGUCGUCAGCGUCUGGUGUCCUGUUUAGUUCCUUGAACAAUCUGCAACUCUAAGUACAUUCUAUAAUUUGCUCAUCUGAUGUUCAGUAUUCUUUACUGUCUCUCCAGUUAAAUGUAGACAUGAGUUUAGGGCACAGUCCGUUCAGGGUCAACGAUAAUAUGCAUGAGCGUAUGGACUCCCCCAAAUUUAGGGCUACUCAGAUUUUUUGGGCAGCAAGGGAAAUUUGGGCAAAGCCAGCUUUUAAAGAUUCAAAAACCUACCAUGAGAGCAGAGCUUUAAUGACCACCAUUUGUGACUUGGAGUUUAUCUUCGGUCUGUGUGUGCUGAAAGUAAUCCUGAGUAAUAAUAGUAGUCUGUGCAAGGUUGGGACUGUGAGAAUUCUGUCAGAUGUGCCAUUUCCUAGGGAGGGAGAGAUUUACUAGAUCCUUCUAGACUUUGCUUAAGCUCUCUCCAGCUAAGUUUAUACCAUUGUUACUGGCCCAAGACGUUUCUGUUGCGUGCCCAUAUAUGCGACGCGAAUUUUGUUAGAAACGACCCUUAUCUGUGGAUAAACAGGAGGCUGACCUGCAGCUUGAGCUGGGGCUAUGAACGCCUGCUACGGUGAGAUUUCUCUAAUUUCAGGCAUUGUUCUAAGCAAUUACUUAAUGCCAAAGAAAGCAGAGAAAAAGUCUCCAUUGUUCAAUGUUACAAGAAACGCCGUCGCGUGGUUUUGGUUUUGGACUCUUUUUGAUUUCAUCUUUUGCAUUUCUCUUUCAGACAAUCGACCACCGAAGGAUCACACCAGCAGAAAAAUUGAGCUGAUGAUGAGUCCCUUACCACUUAUCGUCAUAAUGUGGUUCAUGGCAGCGAUCGGCACCAUCUGCUCGUUGAGCUUUCUAUAUUUUAACAUCAGUAAAGGUAAAAACAGGUAGGACUUUAACCUUGCUGUUUCUGACCUUUUCCAAUACAAAACAUAUUCUCAGGCUAAAGCCUUUUUGAAUUGUUUCCGAUCGCUAAUCUCAACUUGCAUUAAAUAUAGGAGCUCUUUGCCUAUUUACAUCUUUUAUUUUCAUUUUGUCAGGAUAAUCAAGAUGUCGUCGCCUAAACUUAACAAUAUUAUUAUUAUGGGAUGCAUCCUGUGCUACGCCUCCAUUGUUUUGUUGGGUUUGGAUGCGAGGUUUCUCGAUUUGCAAGGUUAUGGCAUCAACUGCAACGUAAGGAAAUUAAUUAUUAACGAGCAUUUUCUCGAGCAAGAGUCUACCCUUUUCUGACGUAUAAUAUAGCUGUAACAUUUCAAGAGAAAGCUUUCCUUCAUUUUGGUGAACAAUGUACUAAGGCGGCUAACGAAGAAUUCCCGAUAAGAUAGGUGUUAACACGGGUCCGAACAAAUUUUUGAACGGACUAAUUUUUUCCCUGUGCAACCUGUUUACACGGAACCGUGCCAAAUCUGUGCUAGCUUGCGAGCAAGCUCUCCUAUUUGGGCGAGUGAAGCGAGUCUCGCGAGAACGCGCAAGCGAGCGAGCGGCGAAGCCGUGAGGGGCAGGGGAAAGGAGAGCUUGCAACGAUCUCUCAUAAAAUUUCAUUUGUACUUCGUCCAGACGAAGGGAAAUACCAUUGGCUGAAAAAUGACGUUCCGGAAAUCAAAGUUGACUGAUAACAGGUCAAGCUGGCACCCGCUUCGUCUGUGUGUCAAAGUUGGUUCUCAAGGGGAUCAGAUUGGUACCGAGAACUUGUUUCAGCCCUUAAAGCAGACGGGCUCCUUUGAUGUAAUUCUCGCAAAGAGAAUAUUGCGAGCCGAGGAUAAGUCAGACCAUGUUUGUAGUUCUUAUGCAAGGAAAAUGAAAACCCUUCAUCAGUUGUAUUCCUUUGUGUCAAGCGCCUUGUUUAGUUCUGAAAACCGGGAGAGUGAAAGUGAAGAGUCAUUCACGCGCUGUCUUGCAACAUCGGUUUCUUCGCCCGAUUGAAUUCUACAGGGUAGAAAAAUUCAGAAACAUGUACUUGACAGUGUAGCUGUGUAGCUUGACCGUAAAGAAGGAAAAGAGAAAGAGUUGGAAGCAACUGGAUUAAAACUCAAGAGAACCAAGUACAGGAAAACGCUAUUCGCCAGUUCCAGACCGACAAAUAUAUGAUGUUUUUGUUGGUGAUUGCGAUGGGGAUUUGUCUUCUACACUGCAGUAUGCACGACUUUUCAAAAGUAAACGAAACGAGAAUCAAAGUAGUGAGUUCUUAUCCGAGCGGACACGUUGAAGUUCGAUGUCCCCCAAAAAAAAAAAAACAUAUCAGUGAUUAAAAACAUUGCUUUCAUGGUGUUGCGAAAGCGAUUUAUAAAAUAAAUAAUUCUACGCGCCCUCGGCUGUCUAAACUUACUUGACAGGCGGUUGUCACUUUUCUAAUCUGCGGCACGUUUGCGGUGACCGUUUUCACGCCUUGCGGAGUCCCGGAGAUUCCGGGGUGGAAAUGAAAAUUUAUGAGAGAUCGUUGCAAGCUCUCCUUUCCUCGGCCCCUCGCUCGCACGUUCUCGCGACGCUCACUUCGCUUGCCCAAAUAGGAGAGCUUGCCCGCAGGCUAAAUCUGUGCAUGUUACAGUAGUUUUCAAACAAAUUUUUGCCGGUGGCAGCAUUGGAAUGGCUUUUUUUAUCACGGCGCGUAACUAGGCUUCAGGCUUGUCAGUUAAACGUGGGGUCGGGGCCGGGGUCUAUCUUUUUGUUUAAAAGAGUGCUGUUUUAGGGUUAGGGUUAGGGUUAGGGUUAGUGUCAACCCUAACCAUAACCAUAAUCCUAACCCUAAAGCAGCAUUCUUUGAAUAUAAGACAGACCCCGACCCCGGCCCCGGCACCGAACCCAACCCCGACCUCGUCCCCUCGUUUUACUGAUACCCGGCUUCUACCGCACAAACUGUGCAAAAACUUGAACAGUUCAGGUGUUUACACGAGUCCGUGUAACAGUGGAACCUUUCCUGUCAGGUCAAGUUGCGCACCUUGCCGCAGGUCCCAUGUAAACGAAAGGCAGAUCCGAUUUCACAAGUGUUUGUCCGUUCAAAACUUUGUCCGGGCCCGAGUAAAGGGGGUCAGUCUUUAAGAUAGCAGUUAUAUUUCUACUCAUUCUAUUCCUUCCCGUAUUUUUGAAAGAAGAAAAUGAGUCAAAAAAUGUAAAGUUUUGCAUUUAUUAAUAAAAUGAGUUUGAUUCUUACCAACAGGCACGAGCUGCAGUGCUGUCUAUCGGAUUUUCCUUAUCCUUCGGUGCAAUGUUCAGCAAAACAUGGCGAGUUCACAAGAUAUUCACAGCGGCCAAGACUCUCAAGAAAAUGGUACGAUGUGGUCCCCUCCAUAUUGCAGUUCGGUCUAGGUGUUUGCGAAUUAUAUGGCAGUUAAAGGCUUCUUUUGACCUUGACCUUUUGACCUUGACCUCUUCACCUUGAAUUAGGUGAAAAUUCAAGACGGAUACUCCACGAUUAAAAUACGAGCAUUAAACUAGUGUAAAGUAACCUCAAAAGAAACCCUAGCUAUCGUUGUGUAGACCUUUUGUUUAAUUUAGGAAAUUUUAUAAAAAAUAUUAGCUUUAGUGUUCUAUGCACUGUUUUUCUCUUACAGCAACAUCCUUUACUUGUGUCCCUCGACAAAUUACAAUUGGGUAGAAUGAUAUGGUGAGAUAAACAAUUAAAACCCAGCAAUCUGAAAUGAAGCAUGAACGGUUUUUUAACAUUCCAAUGCUAAAAGUAAUCACCAAUGCAUAAAAUGUAGUUAAAGCUUUAGAGUAUGUAUACUAACUUCUAUGAUGUUCUUAAUCGAAUGAAUCUUUAACGGGAAUAAUUUCGUAAAACACUGUUUUCUAUUACAUUGUAACAGGCUAUAAAGGAUCUUCAUCUCCUUGCUAUCGUAGCAGUAUUGUUAACAGUGGAUGUUAUUUUCUUGUCCUGUUGGAUUAUUAUCGACCCAUUCCAAGCUGAAGAAUUAAAAUUCGAAGAACUGGUAGGAACUUUUGAGUCGUUUUAACUUUUCGCGUGAACUAUUGAUCACUAUAUAACCUUGGUGUUUAACAGCUUCAACUCCUUGAAAAAACUCGAAGGUCAUAUUAUCAUUAUUCACUCUUGCAGGGGUACAAUAGGCUCGUGAAGCUCCAGCUUUGGAGGCUCCUACUAGGUUGUUUCUUUCUUGUUUCUUAGAAUGGAUAACCUUUCUACUGAGCUACGGCAGGCAAACUCUCUUGGGGCUUUCAGGGCUGGCUGAAAACCUUUUUUACUAUAAUAGUUGUUUCUUGUUUUUUUUUUUAAUUCCUGAUGGAUUGACAUAGCUUAAGUAAAAGUUUUCAUCCAUUUAUUUCAUUCAUUCAUUCAUUCAUUCAUUCAUUUAUCUACUCAUUCAUAUAGGCGUACCUUUUAAAGCAUGAUUACUUCCAUGCCAUUUUUUAUCCAUAGAGCCGAAAGGAACAAGACACUAUCAUCAUUCCGGCUUUAUACCAGUGCACCUGCAAAUACAAGACCUAUUUUCUGGCAGUCCUGUUUGCCUACAAAGGAAUACUUUUGUUAUUUGGGCUUUUCCUAGCCUGGGAGACACGCAAUGUCACAAUUCCUGCCUUAAAUGACUCCAAGUACAUUGGGAUGUCUGUUUAUAAUGUUGUUGUGUUGUCCAUUAUCGGUGCUAUUGUGGCCAUUGCACUGGAUGGAUCCAUGUACUACGAAGCUCCUUAUGCCAUUUCCUCGCUCUGUCUUAUUGUUUGUACUACAGUUACGCUGUUAUUGGUAUUUGUUCCAAAGGUAAGUCAUAACGUAAUUGUGCCGCUGCUACUGCUUCGUACUGCUAUUGCUACUGCCGCUACUGCUGCUACUACUAUUACUAACUACCACUACCACUACCAGUACCACUACCACCACCACUGCUGCUACUAGACCAUCAUUACUGCCAUUAUGACUAACACUACUACUACUACCACCACCACCAAAAUUACCACCGCCCCGCACUAUCCCUUCUACUUCCACCACUACCACCGCCUCUACCACCACCGCCACUACCACCACCUCCACCACCACCACCUUCACCACGACUAUCACUACCACUGCCACCAAUAGCACCGCCCCCACCACCACCAUCACUAUCACCACCAAUACCACUACCACUAACACCGCCCCCACCACCACCACCACUACCUCAACCAUGUCCUGACGUCUUACUGUAAACUCCGUUAAAGUAACCAGCAGUGUGAAUGAAAAUCGGCGUUUUCAUUUUAAAACACCACCCACUACCUUUACCUUUAGAUCUACCAAUUCCUUAUGAAGGAAGAAGGAAUCCUCCAAGCCUCCUCUAUGCAUGCUGCUGCUACCGGCAGACCGCGGGCUCAUAGUCACAGCUUGACGUGCGCAAGCCCUGUGCUUAAAGAACGACAUACCUCAUUUACCUGCAAAAGCACACAAACAGAUUUUGAUGCCCCAGAAAGUGCAGGUAAAGAAAGUAAUAAUUGAAUAAUGGCAUGAAUACCAAGUGCAUGAUGUCAAGUGAUAAGUAAAUACAUUGUAGUUAAGACAAGUAACGGUUUGGUGGUUGAAAAUCCACAGCGUGGUUCUUCGUCUUCCAUGCCGGAUAAAAUUGGGCUGAGUCGAAAGCGAAAAACUGGAGAGUAACGUAAACUGUAGAAUAUCAGGUGAAAACCUCUCCGGAGCAAGUGCCAGAACCAAAACCACACUCGACCCACCCUCUGAGCUUCAAACCUGUGUCACAUUACUGAGGUAGCAGUGGGGAUGGUGUGCUGCCAUCACUACGCCACCUUUGCUCGUUACAAUAUCGAUAACGUCUAAAGAUAAAAAAUAUUCCUAGAUCCUUCCUUUGAGGAUCAUUUAGGCAGUCUAUAGUUUUUGCUUGAAUGAUCAUAUUUUUGUAUUCCGCAAGACAUUUAUGAGCAUGAGCAGCACGAAUAGCAUAAACACAUCACGCACGGGAAACGUCUACUUGUCUGUCUCUAUUUCCAUUACUGGCAACCUUUUCCUGCUGUCAAAUGAAGCAAGGAAGGAAAAUACAUGUAGGAUAAAGGUUGAAAUUGUUGCUGAAGUUGAAUAAUUUUUUUUUUCUAUAUUGUGUUGCCUCGCAUCAUCAGAAACUUGUUUCAAAAUUUCAAGCUCUUUUACUAUGCUUUUAGGCCCCAGUACUCUCCUCAUUCCACUUCUUGAAAACCGGGUAGAAUACGAUGGACAUGCAAGAGUUUAAAAAUGUUGUAAGUAAUUCAUACGCACACUUUAUUCCCCUCAUCUCAUCUCUACAUAACAGCUUUAGUUUCUAGUCACACAUUCUAUAUGAAACCAUCUUGACAGAUAGUAAUGAACCUCUUGGCAGCUGGGGCCUUCUUCUUGUUACUCUUUUUAUCUUUUUUCUUCAGGAAAUAUCUGUUGAUGGAACAUAUCUGCCGGGUACUCUGCCCUGUUCAGAGUCACCCUCCAUAAUUCAGUGCCUUGAAAGAUAG